AUGGUCGCUCCGUCCUGCUGUUUAGAAUAUCGACCAACAAUCUACUUCUGGCUUAUUCUAUUUUUCGUAGUUUUUCCGUGUCUCUACAUAACUGGCAGAGUGAUCACAUGCGCUAUUGAAGUUUUAUUGAGAAUGCUAUGGGCUGUAAUCAGUUUCAUUUAUUGGGAUUCGGAGGAAGAUGACAUCGAUCCUUCACAAUAUGAGCCUCCAAAGCACAACUCUCAAAAUAAAUCACAAAAAGAAAAACGAAUAGCCAGGCAGAACAUCAAAGUUGUAUCUAAGCAAAUCAAGGCCUCUUCAACUCAGACAGAUCAAUCAAUGAAUUGUCACAUAAGUUAUAUAAAGAAGAUUCACUCUUCCGAUAACAGUGAUUCUCUUAUAUCUGAUGAUGAGAUAUCUCAAACAACUAAUGGGACUGCUCCUCAUGAUAUGUAUAAUUCCACUCUGACACAUCUUAGAACUCACAUGAGUUUGAAGUGA